AUGCCCCACGGCGGAACGGGCUACUUCUACUACCGCUGGUCCUACAGCUGCCCCUGGAAGCACCAGACCGACGGUUCAAGCGGGACAGAUGAUUCAUUCCACUCAGCCGUAUACACGGAAGUCCCGAGAGAAGACCACGCGGCACAAACUAAGUGGCUCAAGCAGUGCGCCAUGCCUGUCGUUGAGGCGGAUACUCGCAAUUAUUGCGCCAAUUUGAAUUGUAAUAAGCAGGGACGGAUCUAUCAAGGAUUCAACCAGCUUUAUGUCAAACAGGAGAAAUUUAUGUACACACAGAAUCUGCCUCUGCAUGACUUUGGGAACAAGAAGGGGCAGGAGUUUGGGAAGCCGAUUUAG